AUGGAACAACGACAGAAGCAGGGAGAUGCUGGAGAUGAUGCACUUGCAGAGAGAAUUGCAAGAGUUGUGCACGCGCACUUUGAUGCUUUGCCGGCACGCAGUAAACCUAUUCUGAGGGAUGAUGGGACGAGGGAGUGGAUUCCUAUGUGUGGGGUUGUGGUUGUGAGGGAUAAUGGUGAUACAGCGGAUGAAGAACUGACCUGUGUGGCUGUUACCUCCGGUGCAAAAUGCCUCCCUACCACACAACUCGCAUCCAGCACCGGCCUCGUCCUCCACGACUGGCACGCCGAGAUCCUGGCCCUCCGCGCAUUCAAUUACUGGCUGUUGAGUGAGAUUCGCGCAUUGAUAGACCAUGAGCAUGAACAUCAACAAUCUUCAUCAUCAUCCUCACCAACUACACCCAAACCCUCCCCCUUCAUCCGCCGCCGCCAACAAUCCCCAAACAAGGACACCAACAACAACGAAACCCCCUUCGAACUCCACCCCUCCCUAAAAAUCUACCUCUACUGCACGACCGCCCCCUGCGGCGACGCAAGCAUGGAACUCACCAUGGCAGCGCAAGACGACCCGACACCAUGGGGAAUCACCCCCUCAGAAGAAGAAGCAGGCCUCCUCUCCGGCCGGGCCAACUUCUCCCAGCUAGGCAUUGUCCGCCGCAAGCCCGCGCGCGCAGACGCCCCAUCCACGAAAAGCAAGUCCUGCUCGGACAAACUUGCCCUGCGACAGGUGUCGUCUCUCUUGUCGAGGGGGAUGAGUCUACUGGUGGCUGUUACGGAGAAUGCGUAUCUGGCGGGAGUGGUGAUGCCCCGUGAGGAGGUGAGUGAGACGGGGUGUGUGAGGGCGUGGGGGGUGGAGGGGAGGAUGGGGCCUUUGGUAUCUAGGUUUCAAGAGGGGGAAGGGUGUGGGUAUGGAUAUGGGUAUUAUCCGUUCCGGGUUCUGUCUGUUGAUAUGGAGGUGGUGGAGGAGUUGUGGGCUUUUGGGAAACCGAAGAGUAAGGAGGCUGGGAUGAAGUGUAAGCCUGGAAAUAUCUCGGCUGUUUGGACGGCUGCGCCGGUGCUUGGGGGGAGUAACAGUGGUAGUGGUGGUGGGGUGGAUCGCUAUGCAGCGGAGAAUGGGGCCAAGCAGUUGCCGAAACUGAGUGGUUCGUGGACUGGGUUGUAUGAGACUAUCAUUGGGGGGAUGAAGCAGGGGUAUAAGGCGUCUGUGCCGGUGGGGAAGGGCGCGUCGGCGCUGUCGAGGGCGAAGAUGUGGGGGGCGUUGAGGGGGGUGUUGGAUGGUGAUGGUUCUGAGGGCGGAGAUGGAAGGCAGGUGGUUAGGGCAGCGUCGUAUAAGGAGUUCAAGAGGGCUGCGUUGGAGACGUCUGUGGGAAAGGCACGGGAACGGGCUAUGCUGGAGGCGAAGAUGGUGCUGGUGCCGUGGGUGCCGAAUGAUGGGGAUGAAGAAUGGGGAUUGGAAGUGUUGGUGGAUCAGAAAGGGAAGAAGAGAAAGCGUGAUGACAUUAAAAAGAAUAAAGAUGUCCAGUCUAGCUAA